CCCCGUUCGUCUCCCGUGCCAUUCCCCAUCACAUGCAACGCAACGCAAUCUUUACUAUUACGUCACUGGCUACGUCCCAAAAAAUAGAUAUGAUUUCGCCUUUUGUUUCCUUUUUACGCUGACUGUUGCUGAGUUUUGGAGAGGGGAUGACUUUGGGAUCAUCGGUGUCUUAGGUGUGGUGGUGGCGAGAUGCGUGAAGGACUGUCCAUAGUAAAGCCAAUGAAAGGUUCCGAAAGGUAGAUUUGAGGAAACUUUUGGCAGUGAUGGAAGGCAGGAAAAGGUUAAUGCAUGUGGCCAGAGUGUCCUUCUUGAAGACAUCUCUCUCCUGGCAUAGUUGACUGAUGGUAAACUUUAUCAUCGUGGGCCGUUGGAAAUCAGACACGCGUAACACUGUCAUCUCACUCCAAGUGCUUUGUGUAUUCGUGACAAGACAUCUCCAUCACUUGAUACUCAGCAAGAAUUUCCCCUUGCUGUAUGCUGUGUGGUGCAGCGGUAGCGAUCUUGUUUAGCAACCUUGCUGACCUGCAUUCAAAUCCCUUGCCGCCAAUGGAUGACAUGAUCAGGAAAUGAGGUACUAGGAAGCGUGUUUGGGCUUAAAGGUGCUGUCAGACUUCCCACACCUCUUACAAGUCAUCCCGCAUAGUGCCUGAGGUUGAAAUUGGCAUGUAUGCUGAUAGCAAUAAUGGAGCAGAAGUAUAUGGAAGAUAUUGCACAAUUUUUAUAUGAUAUGAAAUGGGUAUAUGAUUUUCAUGUUACAAAGAUUUUCACAAAAGACAUCUUUUCACAAAUGCCUGAGGACUGGAAAGCAAGUUUACUCAAUCUACCAGUUCAUACUUUAAAUGGAAUUCCUCAGGGAAAAACUCAGGAUGACUGGCCACUCUCUUUGCGAGUCUUUUUAGAGAAAUGCCAGAAGUUCUCCUUGCAGACCCUAACCAGAACAAGCUGUGAGGAUGAGCCUGAGGACGUUACAGGAAAAGUGCCUCAGACUUUCACUAAAGGAUUAUCUGAGAAAAAGAGACAUGAGGUUCUCCGUCUUUCAAAACUCACAGAGAGAAUAGCAAAUGUAACGGGUAGUAAUUAUGUCCUGGAUAUUGGCAGUGGAUUGGGUUAUAUCGAUUCUAUUCUUCACCAUACACUCAAGCUCACUGUAGUUGGUGCAGAGAGUCUGAAAGACCGUGUUAAAAGUGCAACAGAAAGACAAACCAGGCUAUUCAGUAAGUGCAGUGGUGUAAGGCACAUUCACUGGGAACUCACAGAUGAUGAAGAAACCUUAAUAAGAGUACACAGGGAAGUGGUAGAGAUGAUGAAAGCUGAUGUAACAUGCACUUGUAAAGAGGAGAAAUUAGAAACCAGGAAACCCUUAGAGAACCAGCAGUCUUCAGUUCCAGUCAGUAAUGUGACAGAUACUUCUCAGGAGGAUCAUCACGUGGAAGAAAAUUCCUCUGUGGAAAAAUCAGCAAUACUGAUUGGCCUUCACUCUUGUGCAGACCUCUCUCCAAUAAUGCUGAAGGUGUUCCAAGGCUGCCCUCAGCUCUCAUCAUUAAUUCUGUUUUCAUGUUGCUACCACAAGCUGACUCCUGAGAAGUUGGCAAUGGAAGGAAACCAAAACAAUAAAGAAAAUUGUGUUGGUGUUACAGAUGAAACAGUGGGCACAAAUUUUGGUGCCCUCAGAAAAGGAGAACAAUGUCCAUCCUUUCACACCAAUGAGGAAUCGAGAGUUUGCAAAUUCAUGAACUUCCCUCUGAGUAAUGGUCUGAAAACAAUUCUUUCACAAAAGAAAAUCAGCUUCAGCACUUUUGGGUUGAGGUUGGCAGCUCAGGAGUCAGGCCUGCGUUGGGUACAACAGACGGAAAAGGAACAUGAAACCCACAGAAACAGUGUGGCUUAUAGAGCUAUCCUGGAAGCAGUUUGUGACAGAGAUGAACUGGCUGUGAAGAGGCUUAGAAGACAUGCCAGGAAAAGCAGCUUUGAUACUUUUGAAGAGUAUAUAAAUACUAUCACCACAAAUUACAAGUUUGUGCCUGCAGAUUCUUCCAGCAGUGUGGAUGAUUCUGAGGAAAAUUGCUUAAGACAAGAAAAACAAGACAGCACAGUAGAUUUCAAACAAACAAGUACAAUAGAACAUAUUUCUGAAGAACUAACAGAAUGUUAUAAGAGAUUUGAACAUUUAUUUCCACUAAUUGAGCCUCUUACUGGACUUCAGUUAGCUCUUCAGCCAGUAAUGGAAGCAUUGAUAUUGAUAGAUAGGGUGUCUUUCUUAAAGGAAGCCGGCUUUUACAAUGUCUCUUUAGAGAAAGUAUUCGAUGUUGCAAUAUCACCAAGGAAUGUGGCUUUGGUUGCAGUAAGAUAGAAAAAAAGAAUUAGCCAUUUCAUACAGAUUUUAACUUUUUAUGUUAUUUAUAUAAAAAUUUUGUUAAUUUAUAAUAGUAUUUUUGUAAAGAAUACUCAGUUACUGUUAACUGUUGAGAAUGCUUAUAGCUUUUGUUUUUUUAUUUGUUGUGUAGAAUUUUAGAGAAAAUAUGAAUAUGUCUGAAGUAAUUGUUCAUUAAUUCCUUGGAAGACUUGAUAUACAAAUUGCCAGUGAUACUAAUUUUAAAGCAUUUUUCUCUGCUGAAAGAUAUUCCAUGAGAGAGUAGCUACAUGAAAAUAAACCCAUUUUUUUCAUUGUAUUUUGAAUGUGUGCACCUCUUUCGGCACUAAGACUCUUUUCAUUUAGACUGUAUUAUCUUUAAAACUACUGCUGAGUUAGUGAUAAGUAGCAAGAGCUUUCCCAGACCAUUAAGUACCAUUUACUAAUUCUUGAGCAAACUGUGAUACAAAUUGAAAAUGUCAAUAAUUAGCAAGAAACACCUUGA